AUGAGGACCAUUCUGCUGCUCGUAGCGCUCUUUGUGGUGUCGCUUAACGCAAGGACAUUCCGGAUGAAAACGCGAUCGACGGGCUCGCUUCGAGCCAAAUUGAUCGCAUCUGGUCAGUAUCAACACUAUUUAGAACAACGAAAUAUGCAACGUACGCAAAUCCUACGCAAAGGAUCACAGCACUUCAGAGACUAUCUGGACGAGUUAUACGUCGCAGACGUUCAAGUGGGAACGCCAGGUCAAAACUUUACUCUGGUGCUUGACACGGGUUCGUCGAAUUUGUGGGUGAUUGACGAGAAAUGUAAUACGGAUGCAUGUGACGGGGAUCCGCAAAGUGGCUUCAAAAAGCAUAAAUUCGAUACAAAUGCUUCGUCAACAUUUCAAAAAGAGGAACGCACUUUUUCAAUCACCUAUGGAACCGGUUACUGUAGUGGUUAUCUUGCCAGAGAUACAGUUUCAUUUGCAGGUCUAAAAAUCCAAAACCAAGAAUUUGGUGUGGCGACGGUUGUCGCAGAUUUCUUCGCCUAUCAACCUCUCGAUGGGAUUUUUGGUCUUGGAUGGCCUGACUUAGCCGUUGACGAGGUUACUCCACCUAUGCAAGAAGUGCUUCCACAGUUGGACAAACCUCUAUUCACUGUAUGGUUGGAGAGAAAGGUGAAAGUCAGCAAAGGUGAAAGUGGUGGACUUAUUACUUACGGGGAUUUCGACAAGGAUAAUUGUGAAUCAGAAGUCACAUACGUUUCGCUAUCUUCACUGACCUACUGGCAAUUCCCAAUGGAUGGAUUCAAAAUUGGGAACUAUUCCCGGAAAAGGAAGGAGCAGGCAAUUUCCGACACUGGAACUUCAUGGAUUGGAGUUCCAAUAAGUGUCCUCAGCGCCGUUGUGCGACAAGUGAAGGCCGAAUUGGACGUCAUGAAUGGCCUGUACAAAGUUCCGUGCUCAAAAAUGAAUUCUUUACCGGACCUGACAUUCACCAUCAACGGCAAGGAGUACACCGUACCUUCCAUAGAAUACGUCACUGAUGUUGAACUCGGAGGAGGCCAGUGUGCGAUCACCUUUUUCUACUUGGAAGGGAACGGAUUUGGACCGUCAUGGAUUCUCGGUGAUACCUGGAUUCGUACAUUCUGCAAUGUCCACGAUAUCGGGAACGAGAGAAUCGGUUUCGCAAAAGCUCAUCACUCAGGGAUAAAGUGA